GGGGAAUGGAGGCGAUCGCCAGUCAGAUGGGAAAUGGGAGAGAUGCAAGCUCCUCCCCAAAUUCAAAGCAAGAGCUGCAGCCGUACCAGGGCUCCAAUACCCUCAAGCCCAACCAAGUGGGUGAGACCUCCCUGUACGGCGUGCCCAUCGUGUCCCUGGUCAUCGACGGGCAGGAGCGGCUGUGCCUGGCGCAGAUCUCCAACACGCUGCUCAAGAACUACAGCUACAAUGAGAUCCACAACCGGCGCGUGGCCCUGGGCAUCACCUGCGUGCAGUGCACGCCGGUGCAGCUGGAGAUCCUGCGGCGGGCCGGGGCCAUGCCCAUCUCCUCCCGCCGCUGCGGCAUGAUCACCAAGAGGGAGGCGGAGCGGCUCUGCAAGUCCUUCCUGGGCGAGCACAAGCCGCCCAAGCUGCCCGAGAACUUCGCCUUCGACGUGGUGCACGAGUGCGCCUGGGGCUCGCGGGGCAGCUUCAUCCCGGCGCGCUACAACAGCUCCCAGCAAGAUAAAGAAGACAAUCACUCGGCGGCUGAGGAUUUGGAGAGCAGAAAAUCCUAUCAGGACCAAAGGAAUGUCUCUCAUGGCAGCCCUGUAAAUACCGACAGAGGCGACGAGGCGCUGGCCAUGGAUGUCACCGGCACGCAGCUGCUGGAAAAGGACAUCGAGAACUUGGCCCGAGAUGAGUUACAAAAAUUGGUCCUGGAGCAAAUGGAGCUGAGGAAAAAGCUGGAGAGGGACUUCCAGAGCCUGAAAGAUAACUUCCAGGACCAGAUGAAGCGGGAGCUGGCGUACCGGGAAGAGAUGGUGCAGCAGCUGCAGAUCGUCCGAGACACGCUGUGCAACGAGCUGGACCAGGAGAGGAAAGCGCGCUACGCCAUCCAGCAGAAACUAAAAGAGGCUCACGACGCGCUGCACCACUUCUCCUGCAAGAUGCUGACCCCGCGGCACUGCACGGGGAACUGCUCCUUCAAGCCGCCGCUGCUGCCCCAGUGAGCGCCCCCCCCGGGCCCCCCACCCCCGAAGCCAUGCGGGCAGAGCCCACACAAGCCAUUCCCACGAGGAGACCCUUGUACAUAGAGGACUCGGAGCCCGGCUUUGCUCGGACUGGCGAGAGGGCGGGGGGCGGCCCCGGGCCUCCGCCUCCCCCUCCCUUCCCUGUGUGUCCGCUUCUUCCACCCUCGUCCAGCCUGGAAACAAAAAAGUGGCUAUGUGCAAUGGAUAUAA